ACCAAAAUGAUUGCGCGUGUGUGCUUUUAUGUUCUGUGGGCAUUGUGCAUCGGAAAGCAUACAGUGGACAGUGAUCGAUGUGGAAACGCAAAUUGUGACGUCCAAUCUACAAUGACUGUUGGCGGGGUGGAGUUUGAAUACUGCCCAGAAAUUAACUUAGGAUUAAACUGUUCUGAAAAGAUACAAUUCGCCGUGACUGUAGAAAAGUAUACGUGGGCCAAUACGGUAUGCGGAAAACUAGGCGUCGAAUGGAAAUAUGCCAUCGACUUUGAUGAUGAGGAGAGGUUUUUCCAUUUGGUCCAAGUCGCAACUCAACAAUCUUGGAUCGGCCUUAGAAAGAUGAAUCCCAACACUUGGACAGACAGCGUUUGGGUCGAUGGUACACCUUACAAUAAAACGUGGAACAGGUGGAAAGAUGGAGCAGGGACUGUAGAUACUAAUUGUCUUGAAUUAGCUACAAUCGGAUGGGACACAAAGGGUUGCAUGUCCGAAAAUCAAGUCGUCUGUCAGAAAGUAUAUCCAUGUGACAGCCCAAGCCCUCUGGAUGAUAAUGCUAAUGUAACUGACCUAGGCUCAGUAGAAAGCUAUUAUUACAGUGUUGCAUACACAUGUGACACGGGUUUUUUCAUAGGUGGCAAUGCAAGCAUUCCGAGCGAGACUAUACGAUGCAAGAAUAAUGUCUGGGAUGACCAUACUCCUUGUGAAUAUCCACCAUGUAGCAAUCCGCCGAGUGAUAUACAUGCGAAUAUGUCAGUAAGCUCUGUGUCAUUUAACGUGGAUACCAUAGCAACAUAUGUAUGUCACGAUGGAUAUUCGAUCGGCGGCGGGCUAAAUUUAGAUUCUUCUGAAAAUAUAACCUGUUUAGUCGGUGGACAAUGGAGUACGCAUGUGCAUUGCAAGAAAAAGUCAUGUGGAGCUCCAGAGGAGUACAAUGGCGCAAACGUUACACACUCUGGGACAUUAUACAAGGAUGUAGCUCAGUACGUAUGCCACAAUGGUUUUGAAAGAAUUAAUAAUACUUACAUGGUUGAAUGUUUGUCUAAUACAUAUUGGAGUUAUGCUCCCAAAUGUGAACCUAUCGACUGUGGUCUUUCUCCUGUGUAUUCUAACACACAUAUUAUUUAUGAAAAUGGAACAAGAUUCGAGAAUACCAUUCGAUAUGCAUGUGACCCUGGAUAUGAGUUUGAACCGUCCUCUGGAGAAACCUGGGAGAGUAUUACAUGUCAGGCUACUGGGAAUUGGACCACUCUUCACAGCAUAUGUCAACGGAAAAACUGUGGGAAUCCUAAUGAUGACCCUAACGCAGUGUCAGUAUUCAAUGGUACCCUAUAUGAAGACAUCGUAAGAUAUGCUUGUAAUUAUGGGUAUAUCCUGUCAGAUUUGCCCGAUAUGGAUAUUCAAAAUGUUAGUUGCCUUCGUAAUGGGACAUGGGAGUACCAUGCGUUAUGUAAACCUGUUGAUUGUGGAAGCCCACCGAUUGACGCCAAUGCAGUCAUUUCUAAAAAUAACUCACAUCUGUUUAAUGAUACCAUAUUAUACUCCUGUAAUUCAGGAUAUGUUAUGAAUGGAACGAAUGAAAUAAAGGCGAUUAUAUAUUGCACCGAGAAAGGCGACUGGAGUGAACAUAAUGUUUGUGUGAGGCGAUCAUGUGGGGCUCCUAAGGCUGACCCUAACGCAGUGUCAGUAUUCAAUGGUACCCUAUAUAAAGACAUCGUAAGAUACGAUUGUAACUAUGGGUAUAUCCUGUCAGAUUUGCACGAUAUGGAUAUCCAAAAUGUUAGUUGCCUUUGUAAUGGGACAUGGGAGUACCAUGCGUUAUGUAAACCUGUCGAUUGUGGAGACCCACCGAUUGACGCCAAUGCAGUCAUUUUCAAUAACUCACAUCUGUUUAAUGAUACCUUAUUAUACUCCUGCAAUUCGGGAUAUGUUUUAAAUGGAACGAAUGAAAUGAAGGCGAUUAUAUAUUGCACCGAGAAAGGUGACUGGAGUGAACAUAAUGUUUGUGUGAGGCGAUCAUGUGGGGCUCCCCCUUUCGACCAAAAUGCCAAUAUAUCUGUUAAAAAUCCGCUAUAUACAUUUGAAACAAUAGCCACAUAUCAUUGCAAUAAGGGUUAUUGGAUGAAUGGUACAACAACUGAUACUAUAGCAUGUCAAGCUGACGGAACAUGGGAAUAUAUGUCUCCUUGUUCAAUAAUUUUGUGUAAUGAUCCUCCCGUGGACACUUAUGCCAAUUUAACUCAGGGUGUAACCAUUCUACACAAUGACGCAAUAGCCGUUUACGACAAUGUAACUCAGGGUAGGCCAUUUAUGUACAAUGAUACCGUCAUCUACUCAUGCAGACAAGGUUAUUUUCUCAAUGGUCGUAAUGUUUCAAUAUCUUGUGGCGAACGAGGCCAAUGGUAUGGAGACGAUCCUUGCGUCAAAUCCACCCCUAGGUCUGGCUGUUCAUGCGGCGUUCUUGAAGAUGAUCCAAAUGCAAUACCUGUGGAUCCAAAUAUCCUUAACUAUACGUGUAUGAGUGUUGCGAUACUACAAUGUAAAAAUGGUUAUCAUAUAGACGGUCAUGACGAGAACAGUAUAUACGAGUAUGUCCAAUGUUUACAAAAUGGAACCUGGUCAUCGAGAUCAUAUUGUAUUAGUUCGUCCAGUAACACGUGGAUUCGAGCUAAGAGAGUCGUGUUCAAACCGGAGGAGGCAGUUGGAGCAGUCGCAGUUGGUUCUGUGGGGUUAAUCAUAACUAUAACUAUGCUAACACUCGUCUGUUUAUCAGAUGUAAAAAUGCUACAAUCACAAUUUAAGAAUAUGAUGCUUAAGAAUUUGUGUUUAACCAAUAAAGAACGGGAGAUUCACCCAUAUAGGGAUAAAUCACAAGAAUGCUGCUCAAAGAAAUAAUAUAAUACUAAUAAACAAGAGAGACGUUUGAACACUGCGUUUACUAAAUUAUUUAUUUACUUUGUUCUCUAGAUUGGUAAUGUGAUUAAUUGAAUCGUUAAAAUACAUGCGGUUAUAAUGAAGUAAUUAUUUUAAUAUUAUUCCAUAAUAUAAGUAUUAUAAGCGUGUACGCCAAC